CUUUCUUUGCUUCUCACAUUACUAAGAAAAUAACUGCAUGGACACUGCUGAUAUAUUCCACUCGUAUCCUGAAGGAGGAGCAAGUGAUGAGGAGCUCGACAGAGAAAGUGAAACUAUUACAGCAGGAUCUGUUUUGUCAGACGAGGAAGUAAACUACAUUAAGAGAGAAACACACGAUGAAACCAUGGCCUCCAGAAUGAAUCUCUCUGAAGAACAUCACACACAGAUAAAGACAGUCAAGAGUCAGAUUCAGGGGGAUGAAUCAGGUUUAGCUGAACACAUCGAUGUGUCUGUGAGGAAACAUCCUUCAGAUCUCUGCAGAGAGGAAGACUCUUCUGUUGAGUCCAGUCUGUGUGAGAAUGAAUCUCCUGAACCCAGCUGUGUGUCCAUGAAGAGUGACCGAUCAAUGCAUCAUCCUAUUCAUUUCAGCUCGGGAGACUCAUCUGCUGAUCUGAGUAAAAAACAUGAAGGACCAGAAUCACAUUCAGCAAAGAAGAACUUAGACUCCAUUUUCAAGGAGCUUGAGCACAAAAUCAUCUCUGAGUUGAAAAGUUUUAAGAGACUACUGAGUCCAGAUUACCCAGAAUGCUCUGAAAGAGACCGUUAUGAUGACGAGGGUCAUAACAGAGUCAGAGAGGGGCUUCUGAAGAUCACACUGUUGAUCCUGAGGAAGAUGAACCAGACAGACCUCGCUAACACACUACAGACCAAACUGAUGCCUGUGUAUCAACAAAAACUCAGAUCCAGACUACAGGAUAAAUAUCAGAGAAUCAGUGAAGGAAUGUCCAAUCAUGGAGACUCAACACGUCUGAAUGAGAUCUACACAGAGCUGUACAUCACAGAGGGAGGCAGUGGAGAGGUCAAUAAUGAACAUGAGCUGAGACAGAUUGAGACAGUGUCCAGGAGACCAGAGACACAGGAGACACCAAUCAGCUGCAACGACAUAUUUAAACCCUCACCUGGACGAGACAAACCCAUCAGAACUGUGCUGACUAAAGGAGUCGCUGGAAUUGGAAAAACAGUCUCUGUGCAGAAGUUCAUUCUGGACUGGGCCGAAGGAAAAGCCAAUCAGGACGUUCAUUUCAUAUUUCCACUUCCUUUCAGGGAGCUGAACCUGAUACAGAAAAAUCUCAGUCUUGUGGAUCUUCUGAACCACCUUCACACAGAAACCAAAGAAUUGAAAUCAGCAGAUUAUGAUGAGUACAAAGUCAUGUUCAUAUUUGAUGGUCUGGAUGAGUGUCGACUACGUCUAGAUUUCCAGAACAAUCGUAGCUUGUCUGAUGUAACAGAAUCAGCCUCAGUGGAUGUGCUGCUGACCAACCUCAUCAAGGGGAACCUACUUCCUUCUGCUCUCCUCUGGAUCACCUCUCGACCAGCAGCAGCCAAUCAGAUCCCUCCUGAGUGUGUCCACCAGGUCACAGAGGUACGAGGAUUCAACGACCCUCAGAAGGAGGAAUAUUUCAGGAAGAGAAUAAAUGAUCAGAGACUGGCUGAUAGGAUCGUCACACACAUCCGAUCAUCAAGAAGUCUGUUCAUCAUGUGUCACAUCCCAGUCUUCUGCUGGAUUUCAGCCGCUGUUCUGGAGAGGAUGAUGGGUAAAGCAGAGCGUGCAGAGAUCCCCAAGACUCUCACACAGAUGUUCACACACUUCCUGAUCUUUCAGACCAAACUGAAGACACAGAAGUAUGAUGGGAAAUAUGACAUCGACUCUGAUCAGGUUAGAAAGACUAUUCUGUCUCUAGGAAAACUGGCUUUUGAACAGCUGGAAACAGGGAACCUGAUCUUUUAUGAGGAGGACCUGAAAGAGAGCGGCAUUGAUGUCAGAGAAGUGUCCGUGUACUCAGGAGUUUGUACCCAGAUCUUCAGAGAGGAGUCUGGACUGCAGCUGGGGAAGGUGUACAGCUUUGUUCAUCUGAGUAUUCAGGAGUUUCUUGCUGCUUUAUUCAAGCUGCUGUCCUUUUCUGAACAAAACACAGGACUGAAGAAUGAGUUCAGGUCACCAAUGACCAGUUUACUGAAGAGAGAAGUGGACAAGGCCUUACAGAGUGAGAACGGACACUGGGACCUUUUCCUCCGGUUCCUUCUAGGUCUCUCACUAGAGUCUAAUCAGACUCUCUUACAAGGCCUCCUGAGAAAGACAGUAAGCAGCUCUCAGAUCAAUCAGGAAACAGCUGAAUACAUCAAACAGAAGAUCAGAGAGAAUCCCUCUCCAGAGAAAUCCAUCAAUCUGUUCCACUGUCUGAAUGAACUGAAUGAUCGUUCACUGGAGCAGCAGGUACAAACAUACCUGAGAGGAACAGAUGACCGUCGUCUCUCUAGAGUCUAUCUGUCUGCUGCUCAGUGGUCGGCUCUGGUGUUUGUGCUGCUGAACUCAGAAGAAGAGCUGGAUGAGUUUAAACUGAGUAAAUAUGAUCCAUCAGAAGAAUGUCUCCUGAGGCUGCUGCCAGUGAUCAAAGCAUCUAGAAAGAUUGAUCUUUCCUUGUGUGGUAUUACAGAGAAAGGCUUUGCUGCUCUGAGUUCAGCUCUGAGAUCAAACCCCUCACACCUGACUGAACUGAGUCUAAUACACCAGGAGACUCAGGAGCGAAGCUGCUCUCUGCUCUACUGGAGGAUCCACACUGUAAAGUUCAUUUUUUCCUCAUUAAUGUACACACAGCACCCCAUAUUGACAGAAAAACAGAAUUGUUGACAUUUUUGCAGAUUUAUUAAAAAUGAAAAACUGAAAUAUCACAUGGUCCUAAGUAUUCAGACCCUUUGCUGUGACACUCAUAUAUUUAACUCAGGUGCUGUCCAUUUCUUCUGAUCAUCCAUGAGAUGGUUCUACACCUUCAUUUGAGUCCAGCUGUGUUUGAUUAUACUGAUUGAACUUGAUUAGGAAAGCCACACACCUGUCUAUAUAAGACCUUACAGCUCACAGUGCAUGUCAGAGCAAAUGAGUAUCAUGAGGUCAAAGGAACUGCCUGAAGAGCUCAGAGACAGAAUUGUGGCAAGGCACAGAUCUGGCCAAGGUUACAAAAACAUUUCUGCUGCACUUAAGGUUCCUAAGAGCACAGUGGCCUCCAUAAUCCUUAAAUGGAAGACGUUUGGGACGACCAGAACCCUUCCUAGAGCUGGCCGUCCGGCCAAACUGAGCUAUCGGGGGAGAAGAGCCUUGGUGAGAGAGGUAAAGAAGAACCCAAAGAUCACUGUGGCUGAGCUCCAGAGAUGCAGUCGGGAGAUGGGAGAAAGUUGUAGAAAGUCAACCAUCACUGCAGCCCUCCACCAGUCGGGCUUUAUGGCAGAGUGGCCCGACGGAAGCCUCUCCUCAGUGCAAGACACAUGAAAGCCCGCAUGGAGGACUCCAAGAUGGUGAGAAAUAAGAUUCUCUGGUCUGAUGAGACCAAGAUAGAACUUUUUGGCCUUAAUUCUAAGCGGUAUGUGUGGACAAAACCAGGCACUGCUCAUCACCUGUCCAAUACAGUCCCAACAGUGAAGCAUGGUGGUAGCAGUUUACCAUCCAACCUGACAGAACUGGAGAGGAUCUGCGAGGAAUGGCAGAGGAUCCCCAAAUACAGGUGUGAAAAACUUGUUGCAUCUUUCCCAAAAAGACUCAUGGCUGUAUUAGAUCAUUUCUAGCCACUCCCCACCAGACCAACUUGUUCCCCUAAAAAUGUUAAAAUACAUGCAUUAAAUGUACAAAUACUAAUAAAAAUUAGCAUGCAUUAACAUGCAUAUCUACCUUACUAUACACAUUACUUCUAUAUCUCAAGUUUAAUUACAAGCAAGAUCAGGUUGUUUGAAGAUAAGUAAAAAGACAUGCCAUAAAGUUAUGAAUUAAUAAUGCUGUGUGAUGUCAAAUGAAACAAGAUUCCACAUAUAAAUAUGUUUAAUUUAUAUCUCUUUCCUUUUCCCUCCAGCUAUUACCUUGUAUCAACCAUGAAAUCACAUUUUAUUUUUAAACAACAAUGUAUGGAAAAGUUAAGUCACCCUUAUUUAUAUGGUGCUUUUAAAAAUUCAGAUUGUGUCAAAGCAGCUUUACAGCAUUAAAUAUGGAAAUAGUGUGUCAAAAUGCAAAAGGACAAUAGUAAACACUCAAUUAUCAGUUAAAGGCAGUUCAUCACUGAUUCAGUGAUAUCAUCCAGAUCAGAUCAGUUCAGUUCAAAUAGUAUCUGUGCAAUCACGCAGAGGAUAUCGCUGGGAAUUAAUUGAAAACAUAAAAUGCUCAUCUUUGGAAAUACUUUAUUUCUUGCCGUUCACAACAAUUUCCAGUGAAAAUACACCACAUCGUGAGUAUGCAUAUUGGUAAAACAAGCCAUGAGGCUGUAUUUAUUAACACUGGACCAUGUGCUUAAGUUCACUUGAAAAGCACCAGCAGAACAGGGAAUCAAGUUAUUUGUCAACUAAUAACAUGCAACAUAAAGUAAGAUUAUAACACAAUUUUUCCAUUAUAAUCCAUUAUACAAGUACUUAAUGUAAGUGUAAUGUACAAUGUGCUUAUAACAGAGUAUCUGCAGGAUUUUUAAAACCAAAUGUAAGACUUUUAAAGAGCUUUUUAAGACCUGCACAAAUAAAAUGAAUACCAUGAGUGAAUGAAAAAAAGCAUGAUUUACAGUUCAGAGACAAGAUUUUCACAAAAACAAAGUUUUAUAAAAUGAUGAACUUCACAUUUCAACAACUUUUAAGAAAAGAGAUGUGUCAAAAGUAUCAUAUUAAUUUAAACAAUUACCAAUCAUUUAUAUUAAUAUAAUAACAUAAAAUAUCAAUUUAUUUAUUUAUGUUUUAUUAUUUAUUUAUAUCAAUUAAUUGUUUAGAAUUGUAUAAAGCAUUAGCUUACUGUUGAUCUACCAGUUCACGUUUACAAAUGCGUGUUAAAAUAUUGCGUGUAAAGUAUUUGUAGAUUUUUUUAUUUGGUCUGAAUAACAAUGCCAAUUAAUUUUCUGUCAGCAGGGUUCUCUGGUAACGGCAUCUACACAAAGCAGCACAGCAUCUGACUUUAAAACAUGCAGGGCUCAUUUAUUCAAUGAAAUCACAGCCUUUUGAAGUUAAAUCGUCACAUGAAGCUAUUAUAAAAAUCAUGAAAAAAAUCGUAAUUAGGACUGUCUUAUAGCAUUUAAGACAUUUUUAUGGCCUUAAAUUCGAUAUAACUUUUUAAGGACCCGCCGAAACCCUGUAAGGACAAAACUGACAGUGACAGACCAAUUAUAAACAAAAUAACCAUCUUUAAUAAAGAAUCUGUUAUGAUAUUUAUCUUCUAUGGUGCAGUAAUAUAAAGUUACACAACAGUUAUAGUCACCAUACCCCAUACCCCUAUAUCCUAUAAAACCCCUCUGGACAAAAGUCACAGACCCUCUGCUGCUGCUGCACUGCAGAAUAAGCAAAUGUGGGGAAAAUGCAAGUAAUGAAGAAUGAGAUUUUACAUUUCGGCCUAAAUGUGGUGAUAGAGGAAACAUCAUGAGGUCACCAAAGCCAUCUUCAUGAAUUUGUUUACCAGAUUUCACGACACAUCUGCCCAAUAGACAAUAUCACACUUUACAUUCUGGUCUGAGGGUUGUGCUACAGGGAAUAUCAUGAGGUCAACAAAACCGACAGGAUUCAGUGCCAGUUCAAUAUCUGAACGUCUCACUAGGACCCAUCUUGGACGUCUGUGGACGUGCAAAACUAGUUCAAUAUCUGAACGUCUCACUAGGACCCAUCUUGGACGUCUGUGGACGUGCAAAACUAGUUCAAUAUCUGAACGUCUGACGGGGACCCUCUUUUAGACAUCUUAUGGAUGUACAAAAAUGGUUCCAUAUCUGAACGUCUCACUAGGGGCCCUCAUGGAUGUCUGUGGAUGUGCAAUAUAAACUUCUAGUAAUUCUCAUCCAGCACCCAUAUGUGUGCUCUCCCCACUGCCCUUCUCCCUGUACACCAGGCAUCCUCAAA